CCGGUCAACAACAACUAAACAAUUCGAAGAGGUAGAAAUUAGUCGCGGUUGGUUGCUGGCUUUUGGUUGGAGAAAACAGAAAGAAAAUCAAAUCCAAUAUGCCAUCCCCUGUUUCAAUUUUUCAAAAGGCAACACAAAAAAGCUAAACGUGGGUAAGAUACAUAAUAGCAGAACCCCUGAACCUCCACUAACCAUUCCUCUCUCCCGCCAGGCGCCAGUUCCCAAAACCUAGUGAGUAGAGAAGACGGAAGAGCAUGGCGGGCGAAAUUAGAACAGCAGAAGUGGUGGUGGCGGCAGAUAUUAAAGCCAUCGACAAGGAGAAAUCAUCAUUCACGGGCUACGCGUUGAGCCCAGCAGCCCGUUUGUUCCACUCGCCCAAGUUCAACUGUUACAUCGUCGCCAUCAUGGGCUGCAAGACCAAGAUCAACCCCGCCGUCGUCAAGCUCGGACUGGAGCGCACGUUGAUCAAACACCCUCGUUUCUCCAGCAAACCGGUGGUUGAUGGGUGCAAAGGCAGGAAAAUGAAAUGGGAGCAGACUGAAGUCAAUCUAGAUGAUCACAUUAUCAUUCCAAAUCUGGAUGAUGGCGAUGUGGUGGAGUCACCGGAUAAAUUUGUUGAAGACUAUGUUUCUCAUCUCACCACAUUGCCAUUAGACUUAAACAAGCCAUUAUGGGAGCUACACCUGUUGAACGUGAAAACUUCUGAUGCAGAAGCUGUUGGGGUGUUCAAGAUCCAUCAUUCCAUAGGUGAUGGUGCCUCAUUGGUGUCUCUUCUUCUAGCUUGUACCCGAAAAUCCUCCGACACUGAAGAAUUGCCUACUGUUCCCAUGAACAACAAGCCUUCUCCUGGUGCUGCUGCUCUCUCUGGUGGGGUGUUUUUGUUGAUUUGGACGCUGCUGAAGCUGAUUUGGAACACUUUGGUGGAUUUGUUUCUGUUUGCUGCUACAAUGUUGUUUCUGAAAGAUACAAAGACUCCGAUCAAAGCUCUAACAGUGGAAGGACAGCAGCUCAGGAGGUUUGUGCACCGUACUGUUAGCUUGGAUGACAUUAAGCUGGUGAAGAAUGCAUUGAAUAUGACGAUCAAUGAUGUCGUAGUCGGAGUAACACAAGCUGGUCUCUCGAAAUAUCUAUACCGCAGAUAUGGUGAGCUUUGUCCUAUUGAUAAAGUUUCUGUUUUUCUUCCUAUGAUCGCAGAAGCUAAUAGAUUUCCCUGAUUUAACAGGUGAAGAUCAGCAACAUAGGGGAACAGAAAGUCAGAAACUCGAUAUUCCGAGGAACAUAAGGCUUAGAGCAUCAGUUCUAGUUAACUUAAGGCCAACCACCGGGAUCCAGGAUUUGGCUGAUUUGAUGGCCAAGGGACCGAAGGAGAAAUGGGGAUGGGGGAACUGGAUAGGGUACCUAAUGCUUCCUCUCACCAUUUCCUCACAAGAUGAUCCUCUAGAACAUGUUCGAAGGGGGAAGUCCAUAAUUGAUCGAAAGAAGCUCUCUUUAGAACCUGUUUUUACAUGUCUAGGCGCCAGGGUAGUCAUCCAGACAUUGGGAGUCAAGGUGGCUUCUUGGAUUGCUAACAGAGUCCUUUUUAACACUACAUUAGCCUUCUCAAACAUGGCCGGUCCUGUAGAAGAAAUCAGCUUUUAUGGUCACCCACUCUCGUACCUUGCUCCAACCGUCUAUGGCCAUCCCCAUGCGCUGACGAUUCAUUUCCAGAGUUAUUGCAACACGAUAACCAUAUCUCUGGCCGUUGAUCCGGGAUUGAUUCCUGAUCCUCAUGUGCUCUGUGAUGACCUUGAAGAUUCUCUUAAAGCCAUCAAGGAAGCUGUUGUGCAGAAAUUUGUACAGAAAGAUCCCGGUAUUGUGUAGAGAAAGAACAAGUAAUGGCAGAAAACAGUCUUAGCUUUCACCAAGAGAUAGAUAGGUACAGAGAACGCUCUGAAUAUAGAGAUGUUAAGGAAAUGGCCAGAGCCCAGAGGACGAUACUAUGCAGAAAUACAUGUAAAGCACAGACUACACAGAAUCACAGAUAGAUGUUAAAACAUCUUUUGGUUUGUAAGGUACAUAUUCACAUUGUUUUGAUUUAGGAUUGCUAGAUCGAGUGAGUAUAAAAGAUCCAUUCUUGUUGCUGGUUGUGUUUUGCUGGUCUGUCAAAUGAAUAAGAGAUCGCGUUGUGAACGCUUUCAACGCGAAAGCGUUGCCUUUCAAUAUCCUCGAAACAGCAUAAAUCUCACAAAAAUUUACUUGCAUUCCAAAUAGUACUAGGGAAAGAGAAGAAAAUGGCUAAAACUAAAACUGAGCUUGCUCCAACUCACUACUUCCUACACCUCCAUGAAGAGACAGAGUAAAGCGGCCUAUCUUGCCAACAAAUCACAGCACAGCCAUUCUCUUCCUUCAUCCUAUACCCAUCACAUCCAUAGCUCUCCAGCAAACCCUUACCCUGCAACAUCCCAUAAUAGCUCAAACCAAGAUUAACAAAACCAGCCAUCUCAAUCCUAUGAAUCCACUUCUCGAGCUUCUCGUGCCUUUCCUUCCUCUCCCCUCCUUCACAUGCCACAAUGUUCUUGAUCUCCUCGCCAAACAUCAUCUUCUCCACCUUCAGCCUCUCGAUCGAGCUCCUUGGCACCGUUGAUUCCAAGCAAUCAAACAAAGCUGCAUAAGAAUACAGUGCCUCGAGAAGCCUCUCCAUGAGCGUGGCUCCGUUAUGGUUCGAGUCUUGCUCUGUCACCACCAUAACCUUAGGCGAUAAACCCCACAGCACGUUCAGAAACCAAUCCAUCUUCCCUUGCGAAGAAGAAGGAGAACCAAUUGGUGGUGAUGAUGACGACGAGGCUGAAUCAAAGCUAUUGUCUUUCUGAUCAAGCAACAGCUCCCCCAACGUGCCUUGCCUCUGAAGCAACCUCGAAUUCGGGUUCUUGUGGGAGGCAAGGAAAGGAUGCAGCUGGAGAACAGAGCUUAUCGCCAGAGCCUCCCCUGUUUUCACACGAAGCUUCUCCGGAUCGAGAUUCUCCAACCCGCCACUAACAACAAUGGGGUUGAACUGGAAUGGAAUGUCCAAUCUCUCUGCUUCCUCAACCAGCUUGUGACUCAUUCGAUCCAGUACCUCUCUCUGCUGAUGAAUCCCUGUAAUCCUCAAAUGCGGAGGACCUUCAGCCCGCCCACUCAAAGCUUGAAGGAGCGCAAUCCACUGCGAAGGCUCGGACGCAUUGAGAUCGAUGACAUGCACCAUUUUCUCACCUUCCAUAGCCUCCAGAAUUGCCUGGUUAGUAACCACGAACGCGACCUUCAAGAACGGGAACAUCUCGUAGAAGAGACUCCUGACCAUCGUUUCCUCUGAAGGGAUUUUGAUUUUGGUAGCAUUGAGUGCCCUGUGAACUCCAGGCCAAGCUUUGAUGAUCCUCUCGGCGAGAGCUUCGGUGAAGUAAGCUGCAAUGCGCUGCAUGGUGUCGCCGUCCGGUGCCGAUAAUUGAGAGAUCUGGCCGAGUGCUACCUCGGCGCUCUCCAGGCUGCCUGUUGCUACGUGAUUUGCACAAGUGAGCAGCAAAUGGAUCAAGUAUAAACCCCUCUCUUCGGAUUUCAGCUCUCUGAGGUAUGGAUAAGGCGAGCCGAGAUUGGAAGGAUUUGGCGAGAGUUGCGCCAUGGAAAAGAAUUGGAGUGGCGAUGAUGUGGCAGAGGAUGAUCCAUCAUCUUGAUACAUUUUUCAGCAAUUGAAAACAAGAACUUUCGAGAGCUCAAGCAAAAUGAAACAACUGGAUAACGAAACCUAAGCGGAAACUGAAUCAAAUCAGUUAGAGGAAAGAAAGGUGGAAACUUUGAACUGAAGCUCGCAAAGAAACAGAGACCCAGAAGAGGAAAGACGAAGAUCCUUACUGGGUUUUACGAUUCGUGGAAAACCCAGGAAGAAAAUGGAUGAAGAUUCGAAGAAUUUCCCAGCAAUCAGUAUCGUACCCACCCAAAUCCUUAAAACCCUGGAAAUGUUUCCCUUUUUUUUUCUUUCUUCGCAGAGUCCUUUGCCCUCGUCUUGUUUUGUAACUACGG